UCCUCCUCAUGCUCUCAUCACCAGCGCAAACAGCAGCGAGAUUUACAUCAGAAACGACAUGUACUUCCUCCUCACCCUGCUAAUUCACAAAACCCAUCUGCUAUAUGGGAAUCAUCUGAUAAAUAAGCAGCAGAUCUUUUGAUUUUAUUGUUUGCGUCCAUUCGAGAACCUGACAAGCAAAGCGUCGCUUAUCACGCGUGUGAUAUUCAACCCUCCGGUUGUGUUUGCAGGAUUAUGAACGUUACAUGUCAUGGGAGGUUUGGCGAUGGAUUUUGUCCUGAUUCACCUUACGAGGCCCUUUGGAAGCUGAAGAUCCACUUUUGCUUAUUGUUUUGAUGAAGACCACCCCACCAGAUUGACUAAAUUUUGUCAACAUACUAGAUCACUUACGAAAAGCUCAUAUUUGAAGAUCAACUUGAUCCCGCAGUGAUGCUUCGGUGUCUGGUCUGACUUUUAAUACGCGCGCUCAGACGGAAAUGAAAGCCUGGACAUUUUAAACCACAGAGGAACGGACUCAUCAACCAUAUCCCAGCUCAAGCUGGCACUGUGGUCGUCUUUUAUGUUCUUCCCUAAUCUAAGGGGUUAAUUGCAUUCAUUGUUACAGCAGAAGAGCCUUCAUCAUGCCCACCUCUCGGUCCGGCGCGUGCUCGGUGGAGUACUGGGUCGAUGGCUCGCGCCGAGACGCGACAGUGGAGGAUUUCUACAACAUGGGCCCAGAAUUGGGCAGGGGUGCGACGUCAGUUGUGUUUCGCUGUGAAGAGAAGCAAACAGAGAAACCUUACGCUGUUAAGGUCCUGAAAAAAACGAUCGACAAGAAAAUAGUGAGGACAGAGAUUGGAGUCCUGCUGCGUCUUUCUCAUCCAAACAUCAUUCGUUUAAAGGAAAUCUUUGAGACUGAGACGGAGAUCUUCCUCAUACUUGAGCUGGUCACAGGUGGUGAACUCUUUGACAGAAUUGUGGAGAGAGGUUACUACAGCGAGAGAGAUGCAGCUCAUGUCAUCAAACAGAUCCUGGAAGCUGUGGCGUACUUACAUGAGAAUGGAGUUGUUCACAGAGACCUCAAACCAGAAAAUCUUCUUUAUGCUGACCUGUCAAUAGAUGCACCUCUCAAGAUAGCGGACUUUGGCCUGUCUAAGAUAAUUGAUGAGCAAGUGACAAUGAAGACAGUGUGUGGGACCCCUGGUUACUGCGCCCCUGAGAUUCUCAGAGGAAACGCGUAUGGUCCAGAGGUCGACAUGUGGUCGGUGGGAGUCAUCCUUUACAUUCUGCUGUGUGGGUUUGAACCAUUUUUCGAUCCAAGGGGGGACCAGUACAUGUACAGUCGCAUUCUGAACUGCGACUAUGAGUUUGUCUCCCCCUGGUGGGAUGAAGUCUCCCUCAAUGCAAAGGAUUUGGUUAGUAAGCUCAUAGUGUUGGACCCUCAUAAACGUCUUUCAGUGCAGCAGGCCCUGGAGCACCCAUGGGUGCUUGGAAAAGCAGCACGUUUCUCCCACAUGGACACAACACAGAGGAAACUACAAGAAUUCAAUGCUCGACGCAAACUGAAGGCCGCUAUGAAAGCUGUGGUCGCCACAAGCCGUAUGCACGAGGGCUCGCGGCGGCGGACCGACAGUUGCGAGAUGCCCAACUCGGACAAGACCUGUUGCCAGAGUAACAUACAGAAGGAAAACACAAUGGAUUCCCAAAAAGGGCCUGUUCCCAUCAAAGAAGACUCUGAGCAGGUUGAAGACGAAGCUGUCCAAUCAUCCCCAAGUCCUCCCUUCCACCCUUGCCAUAAAUCCAAACCUGCAACCAUGCCCACCCGUCCGCCUCUCAUAGCAGAGGGGCACAGGCAGAUCUCCGUCAUCCCAAAGGCUCCUGUGGUUCGGCCCAGAGUGCCCCAAAAGAGCUUCUCGGUGGAGCCUGGAGGUAAAUGCGAGUCUUCACCAGUGAGCACCACCCCACCCAGUCCCAAGAGCCUCAGUAAUGGUUUCACCAUUGGUCUAGAGGCAGGUGGGAGUACAGCUGAAUGUCAGUAAGACUGGAAGAUCAAAAGAUGUCACAGCUUGAGUCUGUGCCAUUCAUAUACAAAAGGACAAUGGAGAUACUUUAAAAAUUCACAGAGAAUUUAUUCUCCUCUUCCAGUUUGGGAUCUUUUGAUACUGGACCAGUACAUAUCUCUUUUUACAUGCUCUUCACCUGGAUGCACGUGGCUUUUGUUUUAAGUUAGCGGCACAAGAAACAUUGUUUAAUUUCUGCUUGCACAAGCGUUGUGAAUAAGAUUGUUUUUCUUCUGAACUGAAAUUCAUUUAGCUCUUUUAUGAUUUUUGCUAUCAUAAUCAUACAAUCCUGUUCUCUCUAUAGAGGUAGUAGGGAUCGUGUGUCUUUGAAGUGAUCUUAUUUCUUUGUUUUAGGAAUGAUUGCUACAAGACCAUACAUUUCUAUUGUAUACACUAUACAUAAAUGCAUAUAGAAAAAAAUAUAUAAAAUGUAUCUUUAUAUGUCUUUUCUCAUAUUCUAAUAACCCCUUUUUGUAUUUUCACAUAAAAGAGUAAAUUGAUUAAAAUGGUUUCUAAAAAUUC